UUGUAGCUGCUAGCAGCAGAUUGACCGCACGUCCUGUGGGCUUGGCUCCGUCUGACAACGCCCGCCCGCCUGGGAGAGCCAGACAACAUGAUGAAGGAAGAUUCCACACUUUCUAAUCUGCAUUUAAAGUUUGCAAAGAAGACCUGGAAUGACACUUUUCAGCUUGUCCAAAAAUGCAUGGAGAAAUCCAGAGAUGAAUCCAAACCCUGUGCGCCACUGGUUAGAUCCCUGGAAAGACUUCAGGAAGUGCUUCAUGCUCCCUCUAUAAAUACCACAAGGUCCCGCCUGGAAACGAUAGCUAAACAACAAGGGAUGGGUUUUCACACAACGGAGGACACCUGCUACCUGACAGCAGCCUUGUUCUACCUGGAGAUUUUAUUGCUGCCCUGUGGUGGAGUGCAGGAGGUAAAAGUAGCCCCACAUGGAGAAUCCCCUGUUUCAAGUGAGUCACUUCUGCAGCUGCUGAGGUCCAAAAAUUUUACUGAUUUCUCCAUGAAGUUGGGUGGUUUAUUUGCACAAUACAGCAUCCCUGGAGACAAUGAGGUCAAAUUGAAAUUGUUGGCAUCUCUAAAAUACCUUGGGAAAGAUUUGCAGCAAAUCUCAAAUAUACCAAGGGAACCUAAGUACUCUGAUCCCCAAGUGGACUUGAUCAACAACAGCAGGAUUGGCUGUCUAAUAGCAGGGAAAGAAGAUUGCCCCCUAACUAUCCAGUUCUAUACCCCCCUAACUGAUGGAUUGAAGACCUCAGAUCCAUUGUUUGAAGAAACAAAUUCUGAGCCAGUCGUCCAGGCAGCUCAGGUUACGAUCGGUGUCAGUGAUGUGACUCACAAACUUCAGAUGGCAUCCGUGGUCCCGCUGCCUCCUCAGCUGGAUCCUCACGGUUGUCCCAUGUUUGCUCCACUAAGUCAGGUCCCAAAUGAGAUGUUGCCUGCCUGUUUCCUGCUCAAACUCCAGCCAGCAGUACCAAUGAUGUGGUCUUUUGUGGAGAAGCUCAGAGCAAUCACAGAUGUGACUAUACCAGAGGUUGACCUGCAGUGGGCACCAUUACCCAAGCUUCUGAUGAGAAGUUUAAGUGCAAACAGACACUGGAAGACAUUAGAAGACAUUUCUGUGCCUGUCCUCAGCAGUGUGAGUUAUAUUCUCCCUGGAGCUGCGUGGGAUGUGCCUGCACAGAGAGCAGCUGUGGUGGACAGCGUUCCCUUCAGCCACCCUGCUCAUGUCGCUGCCCUGCUGGAGCUGCUGCGCCACCAGUGUGCUAUUAACACCCUGCUGAGCAGUUGUUUGACUGUUCAAAGUGCCAGUCAAGGUUCAAUUUGUGAGCGGCAUUUCGAAAUCCUCCCGGAGUCUGAUACCAGCUUUUCGGUGACCUUCCACCAACCCUGCACCAGCUCCCUUGCUGUUUUGCUGGUGAACAUAUCCAGUCCUCAUCAGAUUACCUGCAGCUUUUUUGGAGAAGGAAUGUCUGAUCCCUCACUGGAUGAAUACAUCACCACAGUUAUAAAGAGAUGUAUGUCCAUUCCUGUGACCAUGAGGAAAUUACAUCGCAGGCUAGAGGAGAUCACCUCUGCCCCACUUUCUCCCAGCUGCCCAGCCACCGCAGAAGCCAAAAAUGACCGUUUGACUCCUUCAAGCACAGAUGCAACGGACACCAGCAGAGAUUCGACCACGCGCUCCCAAACGGCAGCUGUGCCAGAGAACCACGUUGAUCUUUCUGGUUCAGCUUGCUGUGCCAUGUCUGUAGCCCAGCCUGAGUUUCCUCCUGAAAUAAAAACCACCCCCCCGUGAACCUUUA